CCACUGGGACGUGUUUGUGAUGACAAAACACCAGCCGUGUCAGUGGACAAGCAGUGGUGCAAUUAUCCUAAAAAAUUUAAUCAUAAAUAGAUAAAAGAACUUUUUAGUUGUUAGCGGGUGUGGGAGUUAGUAUGUGAUUAUGAUCUGGCGACUGAGCAUAAAUUCGCCGUCAGACAUCAAUUGCCGUGCCACAAAAUGAAUUGGGAGCAAAUUGUGCGGAGGACGCUCCUCGUUGCAUCCUUGGCAGUGACUUCUGCCCUCCUCACCAUCCCACGUGUCCAUGCCAGUGAUAAGGUUGAGAAAUUGACCCACUGUCGCGAUAAUGUGGAGAGAUCCUCCGAAAAUAGAUUACUCUUUGUAACAACAUUGGAUGGUCGCCUAUCGGCGCUCGAUGUGAGCGGUCAGGUAAAAUGGAGUGUGCCCACGGGCCCGGGUAGUUUGCUCUCAUCCAGCAUUCACAGCCUCGAACUCACCAACAACGGUCGUAUGGUGCGAAUGAUCCCAUCCCUGAGCGGGAGCCUCUACCAAUUCGACGGGCAAACAAUUGAAUCCAUUCCAAUCACAGCCGACCAACUCCUCACGGCAUCCUUCAAGUUCUCCAAUGAUGUCGUCAUCUCUGGCGGCAAGGAAAUCCGUUCCUAUGGGAUUUCCAUGAGAUCCGGUCAGGUUGUCUACGAGUGCUCAAUUGGUGGUUGCCAAAAUCGCACUGAUGCCCUCGAUGAGGGUGUCGCUGAUCUCCAUGAUCCCCUCCUCGAUGACAUUAUCGUCCUCCGACGGCAAACUCAGACAGUCAGGGCUGUGGAUCCCCGUACCGGUGGGGAGCGGUGGAACUUCAGUGUUGGUCACCACGAAAUGGACAUUGCUCGCAGUGAGAAUUGCCACCUGGAUACGGAAGCAGACACAGAUCCAGGGUAUGAGAUUAAAUUAGUCGUCCCCGAGGGAUUAGUUUGUGCCAUCAGCAAGAGUUCCCCAAACACCAUCCUCUGGAAGCAUAAGUUUGACUACCCCAUAGUGAGCGCCUGGAAGUCUGAUGGGAACCACAAUCUCCAAAUGGUUAAUCUAUUUGACUCGGCUCAAUCACUUUGGGAUGGAAAUGAAGCCAUUCCGGGUUUUGCACGAGACACAAUUCCUCCAUCGGUGUAUGUGGGGAUGUUCAAGAAGCAGGUCUACAUCCAGGAAUCGGAAGCAAUGCGGAAGUCACUACAGCCUCCACUUGGAGAGAAAGUAGCAGAGAAGUAUGCAAAGAUCCCGUGGAAGCCCUAUCCUGCUGCCUCGUCAGCGUGGAAGCUAAUUCAGUACGAUGCUGAGACAAUUUCGGAGAAAGAUGAGGAAUCCGAGGAGAAUAAGGGAACUGCCCUAUCCGUCCUGUAUGCAUCGGAGUUUGCCAAUGGGAAUGGAUUCUAUUUGUAUCCUGCUGUCAAGGAGAAACUUCCCCUGUGCGAUAAGGACAAUACAACGUCUCAGACGGAAAUUGUUGAAGGUGAUAAGGAGGAGAGGAAGGAACUUCGUAUGGAGGAUUUUUUAGAUAUGACAAUGAAAGUUCGUCUCCGUUCGUUGCUCUUCUGGUGGAAGGAAAUCUUUGUUAUUGUGCUCACAUCGAGCUUUGUUAUUAAUCUCUUCAUUAACAAGACUAAGGUUCGCCCUAAGCGUGAUGUUAUGGUGAUUGAACGUCUCGUUGAGACGCCUUUUACAAAGCUCCAGGAAGAAGAGGAAGCAGAUGAAGGGCAGGAUUUAACGAGAUUCCGAUCGCUUUCGGAAUCAAACAAUCAAGAAGGUUUCACCUCGCGCUUCUUGACGGACUUUGAGAUGCUCCAGUGCCUGGGACGGGGAGGAUUUGGGGUUGUUUUUGAGGCAAAGAACAAAAUUGAUCACUGCAAGUAUGCGAUAAAGAGGAUCGUUCUGCCGAGUAAGAAGGAAAGUCGCGAUCGUGUGCUGAGAGAGGUGAGAACUCUCGCAAAUUGUGAGCAUCAGAAUAUUGUGAGAUACUUUCAAGCGUGGAUGGAGACACCACCACCAGGCUGGCAGGAGAAUGAAGAUCGUUUGUGGAUGGCACGUGAGGCAGUUUCCACGUCAAUUGAUAUUGGAACCCCAACGGAAACAUCGCCGCCUCCCACGUAUGGCACAAACACACCCAAUUCCCAGAAGAGUCCAGCAAAGAAGGCAUCCGGAUUGGACAAUCCGUGGAUUUUUAAACUCAACAACGGAGUGAAUUUUAGUGAUGAUGAUUUUGGAGCAAAAUCACGUGAUAGAAUCGACGAUGAUUCCUCAUUCAUACAGUUUGUGCACGACAGUGGAACAGGAGCUGAUGAAAGUGCAGUAUUUACGAGUGAUGGUGGUGGGCAGGUGGAUGAUGAGGAUGAUUCAUUCAUUGAAUUCUGUCACAAUGGUACGAUGGAUGGGGAGGUGGAUGACAAGAGUCCCAUCCUGCCGACUCACUUCACGAAUUCCGUGGCAGUAGGCGAUGGGAGUCAGCGUGGUGGGAAGAGAGAUCGCCGGAAGCGUCCAAUGUCACUGGAUCUAACGAGUCAGGGUGGUGUGAACCUGGGGCAGAGCAAUACGAGGAUGUAUCUGUACAUUCAGAUGCAGCUGUGCCAAAAGCAAAGCCUGAAGGAAUGGCUCCAGAUGAGUGGGAAGCUCAAGAGGCAGAAUCAGAUCAUUCCUAUUUUUGACCAAAUUGUCCGGGCUGUGGAGUAUGUGCACGAGAAGGGGCUCAUUCACAGGGACCUGAAGCCCAGCAACAUUUUCUUCUCUCUGGAUGGUCAGAUAAAAAUUGGAGAUUUUGGUCUUGUUACUGACAUGGCGGACAAUGCAUGCGAUGAGAAUGACCCAACGCGAUCUCCGCUCGUGCCCCGGAAGAAGACACACACCCAGAAGGUGGGGACGCACCUGUACAUGUCUCCGGAACAGAUGGCAGGGCUCCCGUAUGACUACAAGGUGGACAUCUACUCACUGGGGCUCAUUCUGUUUGAGCUUCUUGUGAAUUUUAGUACUGAAAUGGAGCGCAUUAAAACCCUCGAAGGGGUACGUUCCAAUAUUUUCCCACCGGAUUUCCCAAGCAGUCAUACGAGCGAAUACGCCCUGCUGCAGCUGAUGCUAUCCCAGGAGCCCAGUAAACGACCCACGACGUUUGGCAUCAGGGCAAGGCCACCCCUGGAGCAGACAGACAUCAAUCCCCAGUACCACUUUAUCCUACCACCCCGGAGGCAGGAGAGCCGUGGAAGCACGUCCGGAAGCUCAUCAGGCCUCAGCAGGGAAUCUGUCUGAAUUCCUUCUAUCGCACUUAGGUUUAAGGAGCACUUAAUCACGUAUAGAGAUUAAACUAUAAAAAAAAUGAAUAAAAAUGUUUUAAGGGA